AAUUCAACAACAGCAAAAAUGUUCUCCUCAAUCCUGCUCAACCUCCUCCUGGUCUCCUUCGCCGUGGCCGAAGAAACUCUCUCUGCCACCACCCACGACAACACCUGGAAAUACGGCACCAGCGGAGGAGUCCUCGGUUUCAUUGUUUUGAUCCUUGAUAUCCUGGUCUUCAUGGAAGUCCUCAAGUCCAACCGCCCUCCCUCGCACAAGCUUCUCUGGUGCGUCUUCGUCUUCCUCUUCCCGAUUCUGGGCUUCAUCGUCUACUGGCUUUUCUCGAACCGCGAGGCACAUACGGGGAGUGGGAGUUAUGAGGCUAUUCCAUAG